CCUCAAGUCACAAGGAAUAUGUUUACUUGGCUCUACGUUGUUCUCUGCCUUCUACGACAUUUCACCGCAAAGUUUGCAUCAGUCAGCACCGACAUGAGAGGGUAAGUUCUUGAGCCCCCUAUAAACACUGUGCUUCACCUCUCUAAGACUUUCUCCACCCCCACCAAACUUUGCUGGCAGCAUAUCCAACCAAGCAUGGUCCAACUCGAGGACGAUGGCUACGGCUCUUCGACUUCCUCUGACACCAUUGUCCUAGCACUACACUCUGACAUGUCUACCUCCACACUCCGUCCAGGUGACCACGAUAUUGGUCCAGGCCGCCUCGUAUUACAGCCCGAGAAUUGCGAAAUGCAUACCGUUCUCCGCAAUGUCGACGUCCAUGCGACCCGGGGCCUGCAUGUAACGGCUCCAAUUCCCGAAGGAACCAGGAUCAGCGCCGAGAAGCCUCUUCUCGGCGUUACCAAAGCCGAUUACAACUAUAUCGGCAUCUAUGAGGCGUUCGAAAAGCUCUCCGCUGUUGACCAAGACUCCUUCCUCCGGCUAAAGAUGGUGCGAUAUCCUGAGUUCAAGCCACAGGAAAAGAACAUCGACAAUAUGAUCCUCGAAUACGAGCGUAACUACAGUCUCGCAAAUACGGACGGUGAGCGCCAGAAGCUCGCGAGUCUAGAGGAGAGUCUGCGAAUCGCGAUACGUAUGUGGCGUGUCAACUCACGGUUUCAAGGAAACAUGAACGACCUGACCACCAACAGCGAGCCCAACUCCUGUACCGCCCUCCCCGAUGAUGUUCCGAUCUGCGGUGUCUUCCGCACCGCCUCCGUGCUCUCUCAAUCGUGUGUCCCGAACGUGUGUGUCGCGUGGAAUAAGGGUACCAAGAGACUCACUGUCCAUGCAACCCGCGCUAUCUACCCCGGCGAGGAACUCACAGCUUCCCACAUCAGCUCGAAUUUCUAUUGCAAAUUUGCUGAACGCGCGAAAGCUCUCAGAGAGCGUGGCAUCCUACGGUGUACAUGUCCUGCCUGCAACAUCAACCACGUCUCCUUCAUCCACCACGAAUUCCACCGUACAAACAUUGGUGUUGAAGUCCGGAAUAUCAUCCCUCUCAUCACGCGUCUGCAAACGCCCACUUCCCCUCAACCUUCCCUGGCUGAGCUCGCCGCCGCGGAAGUCACGGUUCUGAAGGUGAUAGACUCGCUAGUGAAGGCAGGAUGUAGGGAUAUGGAACUAGUGUGGUGGCGCAAGUACUUGGCAGAGGAGCUAUUGCUGCGGCUGGGGAAGUGGACAGCAGCGGUGGCGCAGGCAAGGCUUGCGGUGAAGGGCACAGAGAGGUGUAUUGGGUUGGAUAAUCCGGAUAUAGAGCCUUUUAGGAGGAUUCAGAAGAGGGCGGAAGAAAUUCUACGUAGUUAUAAAGCUGAUGCGAAGGAGUUUUGUUCCUUCACUUAG